AUGAGCUUUCCUUCACAAGGAGUGCAGCCUUUGCAAGGAGUGGAGAUUUUGCAAGGAAUGCAGCCUUUGCAAGGAGUGCAGCCUUUGCAAGGAGUGCAGCCUUCGCAAGGAAUGCAGCCUUCACAUGCAUUGCAGCCUUUGCAAGGAGUACAGCCAUUGCAAUCAGUGCAGCAUUCGCAAGGAGUGCAGCAUUCGCAAGCAGUGGAGCGUUCGCAAGGAGUGCAGCCUUCACAUGCAUUGCAGCCUUCGCAAGGAGUACAGCCUUCGCAAGGAGUGCAGCAUUCGCAAGAAGUGCAGCAUUCGCAAGGAGUGGAGCCUUCGCAAGGAGUGUGGCGUUCGCAUGGAGUGCAGCCUUCGCAUGGGGAGUGGCCUUUGCAUGGAGUGCUGCCUUCGCAUGGAGUGCUGCCUUCACAUGGACUGCAGCCACAAGGUGUGUUGUCCUCAAAAGAUGAGCUUUCCUUCACAAGGAGUGCAGCCUUUCCAAGGAGUGGAGCCUUUGCAAGGAAUGCAGCCAUUGCAAGGAGUGCAGCCUUUGCAAGGAGUGCAGCCUUCGCAAGGAAUGCAGCCUUCACAUGCAUUGCAGCCUUUGCAAGGAGUACAGCCAUUUCAAUCAGUGCAGCAUUCGCAAGGAGUGCAGCAUUCGCAAGCAGUGGAGCCUUCGCAAGGAGUGCAGCCUUCACAUGCAUUGCAGCCUUUGCAAGGAGUACAGCCAUUGCAAUCAGUGCAGCAUUUGCAAGGAGUGCAGCAUUCGCAAGGAGUGUAGCCUUCGCAAGGAGUGCAUCAGUCGCAUGGGGUGAAGCCUUCACACCUACAGCAGCAUUCGCAUGGGGUACAGCCUUCGUAUGUAGUGCAGGCAUUCACACGGAGUGCAGCCUACACAUGAAGUGCAGGCUUCACAUGGAGUGCAGCCUUCACAUGGAGUGCAGCCAUUCAUAUGGAAUGCAGCCUUCACAUGCAGUGCAGCCUUCACAUGGAGUGCUGCCUUCGCAUGGAGUGCUGCCUUCACAUGGAAUGCAGCCACAAGGUGUGUUGUCCUCAAAAGAUGAGCUUUCCUUCAUAAGGAGUGUAGCCUUUGCAAGGACUGGAGCCUAA